CAUGUGGAGCGGGAGCGGGAUCGGAAUCAGGAGUGGGAUCGGGAGGAGACUGAGGCGCCCGCGCUGAGCACGGCGAGGCCGGAGCCGCACCCGCACUGCCGGGCCCUGCACGCAGCCAACGCGGAGGCCAGGCAGGCCGCGGACGCACCAUGAAGGGUAGCCGGAUCGAGCUGGGAGAUGUGACGCCACACAACAUUAAGCAGCUGAAGAGGCUAAACCAGGUCAUUUUUCCUGUCAGCUACAAUGACAAGUUCUACAAGGAUGUACUGGAGGUUGGCGAACUAGCCAAAUUAGCCUAUUUCAAUGAUAUUGCAGUGGGAGCAGUGUGCUGUAGGGUGGAUCACUCCCAGAACCAGAAGAGGCUCUACAUCAUGACACUUGGAUGCCUGGCACCCUACCGAAGGCUAGGAAUAGGAACUAAAAUGUUGAAUCACGUUUUAAACAUCUGUGAAAAAGACGGCACUUUUGACAACAUCUAUCUGCAUGUCCAGAUCAGCAAUGAGUCCGCAAUUGACUUCUACAGAAAAUUUGGCUUUGAGAUCAUUGAGACGAAGAAAAACUACUACAAGAGGAUAGAGCCCGCAGAUGCCCAUGUGCUGCAGAAAAACCUCAAAGCCCCUUGUCUUGGCCAGAAUGCAGAUGUGCAAAAGACCGACAACUGAACAAAACCCCAGCGGACACUUUCUUGCACUUGCUUGUCGCCAAAUAAGGAAAGAGAGGCCUCUUGAUUUUUUUUUUAGGGUGUUUUUUUUGUUUUGUUUUUUUUUUUGUUUUGUUUUGUUUUUUACUCCACCGCUUCAUCUUAAUUUUUUUUUCUUGACCUCUCUCCAACAAAAUGUAAUGCUUCUUCCAAGGAUUGUCCAAUCAUGUUUUGGGGUUGGGUUUUGGUUGGUUUUGUUUUUGUUUUUUUUUUUUGAGCUCUCCUUUCUGGUAGGGUUCUUUUUGAGGGGGCUUGUUUUUUUGUUUUCUGUUGGGGUGGGAAAAGGUGUGCAGAUAUCUUUUAAGUUUGAGGUGUGGAGGGCUUGAGCAGGUUAUCCUGAUGACAAGUUUCCUUCAGAAUUACUCUUUUAGUAAGCAGAAUGUAAAUCCAAUGGGGGGAAAAAAGGCAAAGCAAUAUCUUGUCCUUUGACUCCUACAUUAUUGUGUUUUUUAUAACCUACAGGGUACUUUACUCUCCCCCAACCUUUGAAUGUUACUUCAGUACUUCCCACUCUUAAUCCCUCGCCGCCUCAAAAAAGUAUAUUUAGUUCUUCCCAGUAUUUUUGAGUAUGGCUUUUUCCUCCAUCUUUUGCUGAGAAGGGUGGGCUACUUUACCAUACCUUUUCGCUCUGCCUGGGCUGAUCUUUUUGAAUGCUUUUUUAAAUACUCCUCACCCAAGCUGGUGCUACACUUCUUAACUGACUGAGAGGAGAGUUUAGAGUGGUCUUUUUUUUUUCUUAUUUUCAUUUACCCAACUCCCAGCAGACUUCUGCCAGAGUAAAAGCUAGAUCUGGUGCUGGCAAGAGUAACCUUGUAAAAAUAUGAAUCCUGAGGCAAGACCCUUGCUUUAAAAAUGGGCAAAAUGCUGUAGGGCUCAUUGAGAGUUAGUUUUACCUGUGGUGUUGGGAUGGUAAAAGUGACUGUGACCACCUUACCAGCUUUGAUCACAUAACCAAGCAUCUGUCUCCAGUUUGUUACAGCUACUAAACCUGUAGUGACACAUCUAGAGAUGAGGUAAGGGUUGAGGAAACCAGGCAGCAAGGCUGAGAAGGCAGACACGAGUCUGACCCUCGUCACAUAGCUUUGCAGGGGUCUCCUGGAUUUGCUUGGGGUUGGCUUGGCUUGCUGUGUUUAUGUGCUCCUUCGGGAAGAGGUGGUGAAGAACUGCACAGUUUGCUCCUUUGAAGAUUAUUUUCCCCUUUCCCUGUUCAGUAGUAAUAAUGCAGUUCUCCUCUUGUGGGAGGGUGUUCAUGGAGCACCGGAGAAAGCAGCAUAUAUUAGAGCAUUUUAUGGGUUUGGAAAAUAGGCUGACUGGCUUCUUCCUAGUACUGUAAACUCGAGGCUACAGUGAACUGUACUAAGCUCUGCUUUGCAUCCUUUCAUGCUCCUUUCCUAUGCACUGUUGCCAGCGAUUUUAUGUAUGCCAAUAUAAAUACCAACUUGAGCUUGGACUCUUCUCCAAGCACCUGGGAAAGUGCACUGAGCUGAGACAACACCAACCUGCCCCAUCCUCCAAGUAGAUGCUGAGCUGCGUUCCUUUCCUGUUUGCUUUUUAAAAUUUAAAUCUGCAUCUUGAAUUCAUCCACUCUGAAAGCCUCCAACCUACAGUGCGCAUCAUUGCAGCACACAUCUGGUUAGUAGGUGCUGUCCAGUCAUUAGAGGUUGACUUGGGAACCAAGGAUUCCAAGAUAAGAGUUGUGGUGAGGCACGGGAUGGCACCCCUCGUUGCACACUAUGUGGUCUUUGAUACCCAGGGGGUGACUACAUGAGCUGCUACGGAAUUACUCCUUCUUUCCCAGAGGUAUGUAGCGUUUGUUGGAGUGCAUCUUGACUGACCUAUGCUGGAAAACAGCUACUUAAUUUGCUGGGUUUGCACUAAUUGAGUCUUGGGGAUGGGCAGAUCAUUAACAACAGCCUGUCUGCGUGGCCUGAGCACCUGUGUUUGCAACACUCAGUGGCAGACUCUGGCUAGAAAGAUGCAAAUGGUUCCCUUGGCCAGAGGCAGCCUAGUUUUUGACAAAAGCUUAUUUUCAGUGGGGCUAGGACCUGCUCACAGUGGUUAUAUUGGCCGUUCCAGCAUCUUUCUAGAAGGGGGUGUAUUGAAGCACAAUUAGCUUGUCAUAUGCCAACAUAGUUUCCCUGGCCAUCUGUAGACCAAACCAAGAGAAGUAUGUGGAGGGAGAGAGAGAUAGUAUUGUAUUUGAGGAUGUUUGUGCAGCACAGCUGUAACUCAGACCAUAGCUGCCUCUGGUGCCAAGCAAAGUGCUCUUCAUUCUUCUAGAACUAAGUGGUAAGUGUUUGGGUUGGGUAGAUGGGUGUGGGGAUAUGAACUCUUAGGAUUUGCUGUUGUCGUAGGCUUCCACAAAUCAGUGUGUUUCACAGACGGUUUUCCUUCAGGUUUAAAAACACAAGUCUGAUGUCUGAACUUACUUGGAUUAACCUUUGUUUCUGUCUCUUUUUGCUUUGGGCUGCCAUCAUUCUAUGAAUGUAUCCAUGAAAACAAUUCUUAAAGCUCCUAUUCCACAGCAGACCUGCCUCACUGUAACUUCUUAUAAAAUGUUUUGUAGGAGGUGGAAGAGAGAGUAAUCACAAAUCUAAGACUCCUUUUCCCAGGCUAUUAAUCCUGGAAAACAGUUGUUGAAUCUUGCAUACAAGGUUUAAUCUGAAUCUCAGAGAAAGUUUUGUUCCCUGUACAUGGAUAAGGGCAAGUGAAGGUCAGUAGUUCUGGAUGACAAACAGUUGUAUUUUAUUAGUAUAUCAACCAUGGUGAGGGAGGGAGGAGAAUGCUGUAUCUUAGUGGUGUUACCCAGAGACACUGAAAUUGUGUGACGUAUGGGCUUACUGCAGAGAACUUCAGCGACUUUGGUUGUUGCUGCAGCAGCACAUCCCUUUAGCUUGAAAAUAGCAGCUUAUGAACAAGUAAAUUUUUCAAAAGUUGGGAGUUUCAGUGGGGAAAAAAAACACCAGCACUUCCUGUUCUGGAUGAAGAUCUAGCAAGAAAAAUGUGGGUGACUAACAGCUUUAGAGUGUAAAUUGUGUAUAUACAAGUUAUUCCUGAAUCUCUGCAACUGGUUUUGUCCUAUGUCGGUUGAAGUAUGAAGAUAUUAUCUACAAAAAGACUCCUACUAGAGGAAACCAUGGUACAGGAGAAAAAGAAUCAUCCAGAAGAGAGAUCCCUCAUUUUUUGGAGGGGGAAGGGAGAGAAUUUAUUUUGUUUAUACAGAAACUGGCUGAGUUUACAUGAUGCAGCUAAUGGUUAAACCUGCCAACUAAAUAUGACAUAUUGUUACGAUUGAAACAAACUUAUGUGAUAUUUCGUUAAAUCUUGAUGGUGCCCUGUGUCUAGUAAAAAUUUGAUUCCCCAAAUUGUUUUAUUCUCCCCCAUGUUGUAAUCCAGGGUCAGCUGCUAUGCACAAAGUCUGUGUUUCGUAAAGUGUUUGCUGACUUGGAUGUUUCUUUUGAGUCUGCAACUGCUUCCUGAUUAAUUUGGCUAAGACCACCCCUGGUCUCUUGAGUUUAAGGUUUAGUCAAAGGUAUGCUGUUAUGCAGUUUACAGAUUAAUUCUUAAUGUUACAAGUUAAGUUGCAGGGGGAGCAAAUUCUUUACAAUAAGAUGGUCCAUUUUUAAUCUAUAUCAUUGCCCUUGUUGUACAUCAGGAGCAUGUUUUUGUUUUUCUCAAACUCUUUAGAAAUACCGUUCAGAAUAAACGUGCACUAUUUGAGUUAUGUCAUUUA